AUGCCAAGGUCACACUCCCCAUCAGUUGGUCACAACCAGGCAGCCAGCGUCUUGACGCCAAUCAUAAAAUUCGACCGCCUGGCUUCAUCCUCAUCCUGUGAUGAUGUGCAAAUGACAUGGCAUGGGCAAUCGGACAGAUUCGAGAGGAGAAACGCUCUCGCCGAAACACGUUCGGUACUCGACGACUGGAGCCCGGCGCGUCGCGGCCCGCAUUUUUUACUGCCACAGUUGGCAGACCGGAGCGGGUCGAAGGUCUCGCAGCUCUCAUAUGCCAGUAAGAGACAGGCGUCGCUACAAUCGUUGCUAGAUACGAACUAUCCGGACGAGAUGGAAAGACAUCGUGGACCUCUUUCCUUGGCAGAGGAAUAUAACUACAAGCUGAGCCGAGCUCAGCUGAAGUCUUCUUCAAAUACUUCGGCGCUUAUUGUGGGAUUCGCUAUGGUAGCACUUGUCGAGCUCCACUACGAUGAACAAACCCCUAAAGCGUUGCUGAUCGUUCUCGGAGUGGUAACUACCCUCCUCGUAUCAGUCCACCUACUCGCCCUCAUGAUGUCAACAUGUAUCCUCCCGUACAUGGAAGCAACCGGAGCUACGCAAGACUCCCCUCACCUACAGCUAUCCUUCUUCAUCAAGCUAUCAUGGCUUUUCUCAACAUGCAUCGGCCUGAUAUUGUUCUUGGUCGAAAUUGGAGUCAUUUGCUAUAUAAAAUUUACAAAUAUUCACUUCCCCCUUGCCGCCUAUAUCACGACAGCGAUGAUGAUACCCGUCUUCAUCAUUUUCGUGUGGAUUUCGUAUUUGAUCCACAAGAAUCGGACUUCACAUUCCAUUGAGCGUAUUCGUACCAAGGUUGCUGGACUAACGAGUCUGCUGGAUCCGGAAAAGGGCCCAUCUUACGGUGUGAAGGAUUUG